CUGUGUGGGACCUGUUGUAGUGAGUACACACAGUCAGCGCCGGGAUCCGUCCGCGUCCGGCUCUCGUGAUCGUGGACGUACACCUCGCGCGCGCAGAACCGAACCUGUGGAGCAGCGCGUGGACGUCAGUGAUCUCCUGAUGAAGACAGCUGCUCCUCUUCCUCUCCUCCACACUCCACGUUGAACAGGUGAAGAGGAGCUGCCAUGUCGGCCUCCUCUCUCCCCCCUCUCCUCCUCCUCUUCCUCCUCCUCCCCCCUCCCUCUCCCGCCUCUCCUCCUCCCUCCUCCUCUUCUUCCUCGUCUCCCCUUCCUCUCGGCGUGGACCUGGAAGGCACCCCCCUCUCUCACCUCCUGCUGGACCCCCGCUCCGGCGUGCUGUACGUGGGGGGAGUGGACCACCUGUACCAGCUGACCUCCGACCUCCGCGUCACGGCUCACGUCAAGACUGGACCACAGCUCGACUCGUCCCACUGCCUGCCCCCCAUCAUGGUCGACGAAUGCCCCACGGCCACGCCCACCCACAAUUACAAUAAGCUGCUUCUGCUGGAGGAGGCGGGGCCAGAGGGAAAUAGGGCGGAGCCAGGCAGCCUCAUCGUGUGUGGGACGCUCUUCCAGGGCAUCUGUGAAAAGAGGAGUCUGUCAAACAUCACCGAGUUGUUGUACCGCACCACAAACCCGGUCGACACGCAGUACGUCGCCGCCAACCAGCCCAGCAUCUCCACGGUGGGCGUUAUCAUCAGCACAGAAGGGGUGGGGCCUGCUACAGGAAGGGGCGGGUCCGGGAUGCGCCUGAUGCUGGUUGGACGAGGCUACACCACAGGCCCUGGCGACAUCCCACCAAUCACCACACGCCGCUUGUCUCCUGUAAAGCCGCCCAGAAGAAUGUUUUCCCAGGAAGAUGAACUGGGAAAACUUGUGGUUGGGAGCUAUUCUCAGUAUAAUAACCAUUUUGUGAAAGCGUUUGUGCAUGGGAAACACGUUUAUUUCUUAUUUUCAAGACGAGCCACAAGACCCAAACUAGAAUACCAGACGUAUGUUUCCAGACUGUGCCUUUCCGACCGGAGUUUUUAUUCUUACGUUGAGAUGCCGUUGUCGUGCGAGGGCGCGUUCAAGUACAAUUUGGCGCAGGGGGCGUGGCUAGGGAACCACACAGGAAGUCCCGCCCUCUUCGUGGUGAUGUCAGCGGGACAGGCCUCGACACCGGUGGCCACGAGUCGGACGGCGUUGUGCGUGUACAGCAUGGAGCAGCUGGACGCCAUGUUGAGGAGGGCGCAGGAAGUGUGCUACACCGAAGCAGGAAGACAGGAAGAGGUCUACAUCGCCUACCAGGUCUCCUCCAAGUGUCUCAAACUGCCCAAGGCGUCUCUGGUGGAUUACCCGUGUGGAGGGGAGCACACGCCCAACCCCAUCGCCAGCACGGUCCCUCUCAACGCCACGCCCACUUUCACCUCCACCACCCACCUGUCUGCUGUCGCCACGGCAACGGAGGCGGGACUCACCAUCGCCUUUCUGGGGGACCGCGAGGGGACACUGCACAAGGUGCUGGUCCAUGAAGACUCCUCUGGUCACCGGUACAGCUCUGUCCCUGUCCAUCCAAACAGCCCCAUCAGCGCAGAUCUACUGUUGGACCAGACUCAGGAGCACGUCUUUGUCCUCACACACAACAGGUUGUCCAAAGUGUCAGUGUCCUCCUGUGAGCAGCAGACUGACUGUAACUCCUGUUUGUCCAUGAGCGACCCCUACUGUGGCUGGUGUGUACUGCAGGGAAGAUGCACGCGGAAACAUGAGUGUGAGCGCCACCUACAGCCCAACCACUGGCUCUGGAGCUUCAGCCCAACGGACCACUGUGUGCGAGUGGAGAGACUGCAGCCGGCCAAUCAGAGCAGAGACACACAGACACAGGUGACCCUAUCCGUGCUCCAGCUCCCCUCGCUCUCCUACUCCGAGUCGCUCUCCUGUGAGUUUGGACAGCUGCCUGCAAGCCCCGCCCACAUCACAGGAAAUACUGUCAGCUGUCAAUCACCUGAGCCCCGCCGCCUUCAGGCCACACCCCCAGGAACAGACCACAUGAUCUUGCCGGUGGCGGUGAAGUUUGGUAAUGUGACCAUCACCACAGGAAGCAUGACCUUUUAUGACUGUGGAGCCGUGAGCCGUCUCAACCAAACCUCACAAUGUCUGUCGUGUGUGUCCAGUGUGUGGGGCUGUAACUGGUGUCCUCUGGAUCAGCUCUGCUCUCACAGCUCCAACUGCCCUCACCACCACACAAUACUCAACCACAAAGAUUCAGAGGGCCCGUCCUCCUGUCCCCUCGUCUACGCUCUUCAGAGUCCUCCUCUCGUCCCGAUGGGCCUCUCCACCACCGUCGUUCUACUGGGGAGAAACUUGGACAUUUACACGGAUAGAGCAGAUUACAUGUGUGUGGUGGAAGGUAAAGGAGUCCAGUUCAACCUGUCGGCUUCAGUCCAGAAAACAGAUGACCACACCCACACCUUCACCUGCAGCGCCCACCAGUUUCAGUUUGAAGUGUCUGAACUGCAGUAUUCAGCCGCUGUUUAUUUGAGACGAGGACAGAGACGCAUCGAUGCCUCCCCAGGACUCACACUGCAGCUAUAUGACUGCUCGGCCGGCCAGUCGGAUUGCUCCCAGUGCCGAGCCGUGCCCCCGGAGUACGGCUGCGUGUGGUGUCCAGGAAGCCCCGCCCCCAGCUGUGUCUUCAACCAAUCAUGUUCGAGCGCGGCGUCUGAUACCUGCCCCCCGCCACACAUUACGCAGAUCGUGCCUGUCACCGGGCCACUAGAGGGCGGUGUGCUCAUCACUAUAACAGGGUCAAAUCUCGGGAUGAAGUUUGAAGACGUGGAGGGAGGAGUCUCUGUGGCGGGAGUGGACUGUGUGGCCAAAGCUGAAGGAUACAACAUCUCUACCAGGGUGGUCUGUGAGCUGCAGCCGAGUGGAUUACCAACGAGAGGCCCGGUCCUGAUCAGAGUGGGACCUACUGCGUCUGGGCGCUCUACCCAGGAAUUCACUUAUCAGGACCCGCAGUUGUUGGGGCUGGUCCCGGAUAAAGGGCCCGUCUCUGGGGGAACUCGUCUCACCAUCAGGGGGCGCCAGCUGCUCACGGGGCAAGCGUCUGACCUCCAGGCCUUUCUAGGGGGACAGCAGCCCUGCUUCAUAGUGGAGGAGGUGACGGACUCGCAGCUGGUGUGUCAGACUGGGCGCUCGAACAGAACCGGGGGGGUCUCUGUGUCCGUGUUCUUCGGGAAAGCCAAGAGGAUGGUCCCGAAUGGAGCCUUUAAAUACAUGGACGACCCGGUGAUCACGAGAGUGGAGCCUGGAGAGAGCUACCAGGCUGGAGGCCGAGUGCUGCUGGUAGAGGGCAGUAACCUGGAUGUGGUGCAGCGCCCUCUGGUGGUGGUGUCGGUGGAGCCAGAGACACAGAGAGAAGUGAAGAGGAAGAGGAGGAGACAGGCUCUGCUCAACGCCAAACAGCAGGGCUUCAACAACUCUGUGACCACGGUGUCAGAAUUGUGUGUCCUGGACUCCCCCUCCCAGAUGUCCUGUCCGACUCCUAAAGUGUCUCCUCAGUAUAAAGUGAAGGGUCUGUGGUUCCAGUUGGACAAUGUCAGAGUGGACUACGAGACCAUCAAGGAUAAAAAGAGUGGAAGUUUUGUUUAUUACCCAAACCCAGAGCUGUAUCCACUGAACAGGGAGGCUCCAGACACGCCGUACAGAUUCAAACCUGGAGGAGUAAUCGCAGUGGAGGGACUGCACCUGACCAGGGCCAUGUCUCGAGAGGAGGUGAGGGCGCGUUUGGGGGAUCAGGAGUGUGAGGUGAAAACACUGGACAGCACCCAUCUGUACUGUGAGCCCCCGGAGGCACAACCAAACAGCCUGGACCACAACGACCUGCCCACGCUCAAGGUGCUGAUGGGUAAUCUGGAGGUGGACCUUGGUAUGGUCCAGUACGACUCCGACUCCCCCCUCCCCCCGGUCCCACUGGCCGCUCAGAUCGGACUGGGAGCUGGAGCUGCUGUCAUCAUCCUGUCUGUGCUGGUGGUCAUCCUCAUGUACAGGAGGAAGAGUAAACAGGCUCUGAGGGACUAUAAGAAAGUUCUGCUGCAGCUGGAGACUCUGGAGAUCAACGUGGGAGACCAGUGUCGCAAAGAAUUCACCGACCUGAUGACAGAGAUGAUGGACCUCAGCAGUGACGUGGGAGGACCUGGAGUACCAUUACUGGACUACAAAACAUACGCAGAGAGAGUGUUCUUCCCUGGACAGCAGGGGGCGCCACUGAGCAGACAGCUAGACCUGCCAGAGUCCAGGAGGAUCACAGUGGAGCAGGGCCUACAGCAACUCAACAACCUGCUCAACAACAGGCUGUUUCUGACCAGGUUCAUCCACACGUUGGAAGCUCAGCAGGGCUUCUCUCAGAGGGACAGGGGUUAUGUGGCCAGUCUCCUCACGAUGGCGCUACAUGAUAAACUGGAGUACUUCACAGAGGUGAUGAAGAGUCUACUGCAGGACCUGGUGCAGCAGUACGUGGCCAAGAACCCCAAACUCAUGCUCAGACGGACGGAGACAGUAGUGGAGAAGAUGUUGACAAACUGGAUGUCCAUCUGUCUGUACUCCUUCCUCAAGGACGUGGCAGGAGAGCCUCUGUACAUGCUGUAUCGUGCCAUAAAGUACCAGGUGGAUAAGGGGCCGGUGGAUUCAGUGACGGGGAAAGCCAAGCGCACUCUGAAUGACAGUCACCUGCUCAGAGAGGACAUCGAGUACUCUGCCAUGACACUGACAGUUUUGGUGAAGAACGGUGUGGAGGUGCAGCACUGUCCAGUUAAAGUUUUGGAUUUAGACACCAUCACACAGGUCAAAGACAAGAUCCUGGACCAGGUUUAUAAAGGCGCUCCGUUCUCCCAGAGACCAGCAGCCGACAGCCUCGAUCUGGAGUGGCGCUCGGGUCAGGCAGGGCAUCUGACUCUCUCUGACGAUGAUGUCACUGCUGUGGUCCAGGGACGAUGGAAGCGAAUCAACACUCUACAGCACUAUAAGGUUCCAGAUGGUGCCACUGUGGCCCUAAUUCCUCGAUGCAGCGCUGGGAAUGGAGUCAGCCAAGUGUUCCAGACCGGAGAAAAAACACCGAUGUUGGAGGGCGAGGAGGAGGAGGGGCUGCGUCUGUGGCACCUGGUGAAGAGCAGCGAGGAUCCAGAAAUCCCCAAACACCGAAAGAGCAGCAUGAGAGAGAGGGAGAGAGCUAAAGCUAUCCCAGAGAUCUACCUCACCAGGCUCCUGUCUAUGAAGGGAACUCUGCAAAAGUUUGUGGAUGAUGUUUUUGUGGCCAUCUUGAGCACGAAGAGGCCUCCACCGAUCGCAGUGCGCUUUUUCUUUGACUUUCUCGAUGACAUGGCAGAGAAACACGGCAUUGACGACCCAGAGACUGUACACAUCUGGAAAACCAACAGUCUUCCUCUCCGAUUCUGGGUGAAUAUUUUGAAGAAUCCACAGUUUGUCUUGGACGUCCAGGUGACAGACAGCAUCGACGCGGUUCUUUCGGUCAUCGCGCAAACUUUUAUCGACUCCUGCACCACUUCUGAGCACAAAGUUGGACGGGACUCUCCGGUGAACAAACUGCUGUACGCCAGAGAGAUCCCUCGGUAUAAGCAGCUUGUAGAGAGAUACUACAGUGACAUCCACAGUGCCGCGUCAGGGUGUUACCAGGAGAUGAACUCCACUCUCACGGAGCUCUCUGGGAGUUUUGCGUCAGAAAUGAACACCCUUGUGGCUCUUCACGAACUAUACAAAUACAUUAACAAAUACUACGACCAGGUGAUCAUGGCUCUGGAGGAGGACAGCUCUGGUCAGAAGAUGCAGUUGGCCUAUCGUCUGCAGCAGGUGGCCGCUUUGGUGGAGAACAAAGUCACCGAUCUCUGAAAGAAAAAAAAAAUACUUAUGAGUAUCACGGAUUUCAGCCAAACACUGAACAACCAACAACUUUGCCAAUAAAAAAACAAGCCAAUCACCAAGCAACCACCAGCUGACCCAGCAAGAAGCCAAAACCUUCCCAAAAUGGCUGUUAAAGGUGCACUGUGUAACUUGUUGGUUGAGGGUCCUUCACCUGCUUUUUUCUAUGGAAAUGUCAUUGCUCUGCUUUGAAUGUUUCACAGUAUGACAUUAAACAGCUCUACCUUAGAUUUAUUAAAUUCCAGGUGGUUUUAUAGCUCAAAAAUACCUAGAAAAAGAGACAUUCUGACUGUAACUUGGCUUGGUUUGGUCUCCAAAUGAAUUAGGAUUAAUGCCAUACUGUGAGACAUUCCAGACAAAGCAUUAACAUCCCCAUGGACGAAAGCAUUUGACGGACCCUCCACCGGAAAAGUUACACAAUGCACCUUUAAUCCACACGUUUGCAACCGGAAUCAGGGACAACGAAAGCACAAAGACCUUUUUCCCCAUUGAGUUUUAUGGGACACAAUCACUGAAAAGCCAAGACCUGCGGAAAAAGCUACUUAAGGAUGGUGUGUGUGUUUUCGAUGGAGGACUUUACGGUCAAAGAGAAGCACAGUGGACAGAGGGACUAACUUCAUGUGUCUUCCUGCUGAUUUGUGUGAAAAUGAAAAGAUUUAUAGAUUUGUUGUUUUUUUUAGAUUUCGACUCAGGAGGUUUUCUUCACACACUGGCAACAGGCAGAAAAGUAGAUCCGUGCCAUUCGCAUACUUGCGUCUCAAAUUUUGCGUCAGCACUAGAGACACGUAUUCAAAUAAUUUUCCAAAAUAAUUUCCCUAGAAUUUAAAGGCCGUAUAUUACACAAAAUGGAUCUGAACUUUGAGCCUGAAUUUGUGUUUUGUUUCAUUCAGAUGUGUUGCUCAAAAUGCUCUCUUCCACCUUGUGAUGUCAUGAAGCGAUAAUUUUCAAGUUAACAGCUACAUUUUGCCUUUUUUGUUCAAUAGAGAUUGGCAAUUCCAGGACUGAAUUUAUCCAAAUGAUUCUAGUGAAUGUAAAUGGAGUUUAAAAACACAGUGGAGCACUUCCUUUAUUAUCAUGACAUCACAAGUGUUUUCUAUGUGAGAGAAGGACUAAAUGUGCAGGGUUUCUGAAAAAAACUAUGAAACAAAACCUAACUCCAGGUAUGUAUUUUGAUGAGGAAACAACAUUAUAACAGAUCAUAAAACAGCGUGGUAUAGGCCCUUAAAAGAAAUCUAGAAAAACGACUGUUGUUCUUUGCUACCAAAUAUACCUGUACUCAAAUUUUCUCAACAUUUUCUUGUUAUAAAAAAACUGACAAUCUUCUCUUCAGGGACCACUGAGUGUAUUGCCUUGACUACAUUUCCCAGAGUUCUCUCCUGCCUGUUGUUUGUGUGAAGAACUACAAAAGCACAAAGCAACGUUUCCAGAAAAUCUACAGUUCAUUGCCAGUUCUAAUUAUUUUAAGCUAUGUAUUACUGCUUUGUAAGACAUGCUGAAAAAUGAUUCGGAAAAAUGUUUUUAUUUCAAUGCAAUAACACAAAUCAGGGAUGUUAGAGAAGCUCAAAGUUCAGUGGGAUUCUAGUUCCUGCUAAGAGUCAAUGUAAAAAUGGACUAACUAUGUUGUCUAAACAUUUAAUUUGCUUUUUAUGAUUUUACUGAGAUUCAUUCCAAACAAGAGCAAAAGUACAACUCACUUGAUAAAUCCUUGACUGACAUUUAAAGUGGGACUAAACACCUAAACUUUGAAACAGAGCUGCUAAACUGGGCAAUAUGAAGACUAAAUGAGAGAAUGAUUGGAGAGGCGGAGGGUCUGGACAUAUGAGGAACAUUGUGAUUGGUCUAACCCUCCUCCCCCAAUCUGGGCAGUGCUAUGUAAUGUCACCAACUACUGGAAAUUGCAAAGGCUACUGAAGACAGGACAGAUUCAAGACUUAAGCCGUGUCUCAAUACGAGGGUCCUUUGAAGGCUGUGAAGGCUACAGCUCUCGAAUUGGAACACGACUUUAGACUCAAGCAUCUGAAUCUAAGUCAUCAUUCUUGACCAGGAAGCUGUAAAUUUAUAGCCUGAUUCAUCAGCCGGUUUCACUUUGUGGAGGAAGGGCAAUAACGUCUUUCCCCUUGAUGAAAUUCUCCAAACAUUCUCUGUGUUCUGGCUUUAAAUCUUCGAUCUCGGGAAUCAUUGCCAACACAGAAUGUAUGGCUCUUCUCUGAUUGGCUGGUGCCCGGACUCGCACUUCUGGGGUUCUUGUAAACCUUCUAGUGUAUUCUGAUUUCUGACCUAGUCGCUGGAGAGAAAUGAAAUUGAGCAGAAGCACUAGGUCGCGCCAGCCUGGUUAAGUAAAAUUGCCUAGUUUGCUCAAAAAUUGUCAAAAAAAAAAAUGACUAGGAACAGUAAACAAUGCUAUUAAAACACCACAUACAAAGUUUAGCAGCGAAAAAAGUGAAUUUAGUGUUUAGUUCCACGUUAAAUGAGAUCUACGACUAUUAUCUUGUCUGAUGCAGUACCACUGUUCACCACUAGAAAGACUGACCCCUACAUUUAAACAGCACAAUUUAACUACUUUUUCUUCACUCCCUUUGAUUCAUUGACACACCUAAAACUCAGUGGUUCCAAAACUUACAUAAAUAUCUACAGUUUAAUAAGGUUUAACCCAGCUCUCCUUUAUAUUUAAAGAAACACUGUGUUACUUUUCUGGUAGAAGGUAAUGUCACCUGCUUGUCUCCAUAGAGUUGUUAUUACUUUUAGAGAUUGACCAGUAUGGGUUUUGUCAUGGCCGAUGCUGAUACCUAUUUAAAAUACAGAUAAACCGAUGGCUGAUCAUCUCUGCUGAUAUUUUUUGACCGAUACGUAGGUCAGAUGUGGAUUAUUUUCCCCAAAUCAUGCAGUUUAAAUUGACUACAAACUCACCCACAGUCCGUUUUUUGCAUAAACCUUUAAGAGAGCUGUGUGGUCAUGUUUUGUGCAGCUAUUUCUUCAUAUUAAUAUUAAGCUGUGCGUGUAUUUUAGGCAGCAGAUCGAACCAAAACAAAAUAUCGGCCUGUGUUGGAGAUUUAAGACCAAACUAUAUAUCGGUCUAUCUCUAAUUACAUAGCUAAGAAUGUUCCACAGCAUCGUAUUACACAUCUACCUUGCAAUUAUAUUAUUACAAAAAAAUUUAUUGUCAAAAAACACCCAUUCUUACUGUGAGCAGGAUCAAAUCUCCGCAGAUGUGAUCUGUAACUUUGCGUGAAGUCUUCAACAGCUUAUUUGAUUUGUUUAAUGCCAUUUUGUGAUGCAUUCUGGGUGAUAAUAUCCAAUAAUAUCUCCAUAGAAACAAGCAGGUGGGGGGGCUUUCCAGCAGAAAAGUUACAUAGUGACCCUUUAACUUUAAUUUUUAAGCUAUAUAAAUAAAGUAGCCCUAAUACAUGCAGUAUACAGUAUUAGGUGUGUAGAGGGCUUCUAUUUUAUGUAAUUUAUAUAGAUUUUUAGACUGAUUUUUGCUUUUUAAAUAUUUAUUAUUUAACUAAUUUAAAUAUGUCACAUCUCCCUUGUUAUUUUUUACAUGGACAUGGCGUACACCUACUGAUCAUUUCUAUUCUAAUUUUCUUGCACUAAACACCUUUUUAUAAUCUUAGCCACAACUAGAACCCCACUGUAUUUUAAACCUGCUGAAAAUUCGACCAAUCUGAAGUUACGACAGAAACAAUCUUGAGUCUUUUUAAUUUUGUGAAUGUUUAUAGUAACUUAUUGUGUACAUAACGGCUGUAAAAGUCCUAUUUAUUUAAGCCCGGCUGUGCCUUCUCUCUGCAGCUAGGGGGCGCUGUCUUUACUCAUCGGUCUCUUCAUUAAAGGCUGAUUUAUAUUAUGCCCCAAUGACGAAAAGUUUUAUGGAAUUAAUAUAACAUGAUAGUGAGUUAUUUUUAGCUGUUAGUGCCCAAACUAAUCUGUAAAUAAUAGAUUUUAGAUAAUUGUUCAAGCACAAAUGGAUUUUUUAUUGGAAAUUUAAGGAGCGUCAAGGGAAAAUUAACUUGAAUCCUUCUUAAAAUUCCAAUGUUUUGCUAAGUCUAACCAGCACAAUAGCAGAUCUUCACUAUAAUACAAAUUGCCAUAGUAAUCAUGAUUUUCAUUCACGAAAAAAUGUCAAAAUAAAUCAGGUAACGUAUCAACAGUGCCAUUCGACUAUCAGUGUUAAAUCUCUUGUAAAUGCAAUAAAGGAAUGAAUGACAUUGUAACCGAGCUUCCGUUUUAACUUGCUAAUGCUACUAGCUACUUCAUAUUCCUCCGUGUUUUGCCUUGCGUGUUUCUUGAGCCUGUGUUGGACCCGUAGUUGUAGUUUUUGCAUGCGAGUGGACACGAUUACUUUUGGUGCUUCUUUUCAAAUCAGUUGUUUUAGAUUCAGGCCGUUGCAUUUUCGGGCCUUUCUGUACAGUUUUAUAAUUCUUGACUUUAAAUGGUCAAUGUUUUGUUUUUAUUUCACAAGGGAAUGAACAAAGUGAAUGAAUAAAUGUGUAGAUAAAUAAAUGGGGGAUAAGCACAAUCGCUUUUCUACUGAUGUGUACAGUUUGAUAACAGUUUUGUGUAAAAUAAUUGUAAAUAUUUCUCUGAAUGAGUUUGGAAUGAAAUGUGUGAUUAUUGUGAAACGGAAUGACCCCGACACAAUUUGUACAAAUAAAGUUAUAAUUUUAACUUUUA